ACUCGGUGAUUCAAUCAAGCGCUCCGCAUGUGGAUCAGCCGUAUGGUUUCCUGUUUUACGGCACUAAAUCAAAUCGUGUUGUUAGUCGUUGUGUCCAGCCAGGAGUCGAGUACCUGCAGUUAGAUGAACGACACAGCCAGGAAAAGAUAAUGGCUCAUUUAACUGAAAACCCCGCAGAUAAAGAGAGGUUCAUCUGUGUGUAUCCAGUCUACAUCAACAGUAAGAAGACUUUGGCUGAAGGAAGAAGGAUCCCCGCAGAGAAGGCUGUGGAGAACCCGUCCUGUGCUGAGAUCAGAGACGUCCUGACGGCUGCUGGGCUCAAUGUCUACGUCGAGAACAAGAUGCACCCCAGGGAGUGGAACAGGGAUGUCGCGUUCAGAGGUCGAGUCAGAGUCCAGGUGAAGCAAGCGGACGGCAACUUGUGUCAGGAGAAGUUCACGUCCCGUAAGGACGUGAUGUUUUACGUGGCAGAGAUGAUUCCUAAACUAAAGACACGGACCCAGAAGAGCGGAGGAGGAGACGUGAGCUCUCAGCAGGGAGAGGGCGGAAAGAAGAGCAAGAAAAAGAAGAAGUAGAACCCCAGAAACAACCCGUUGGUUUCUUAUUUUUAAACAGAUUUUUUAAUUUGAGGUCAUGGUGUGUGUGUGUGUGUGUGUGUGUGUGUGUGUCGGCCAGAAUCAAACCGUGAGCAUACACAGGAGAGUUUUUUUUUGUUCAGGGUUUGAUGCCAUUGUGACCUCAGAACUCAUUCAGCUGAAGGUUUUUCAAAGUAAAACAUCCGUUCUCCUUUUAAGUCUUUAUGUAUUUUGACCUCUCUGGCUGACCUGAGAUCUGUGAAACCUGCUCACAGCUCAUCAUGUUGUUUCUAAAAACUCCGGCAGCAGCAGAGAAAGGAACUGAUUUCUGUUGUUAUAUUAAUACAAAGCUCACGUCGUUGUUUCUCCACCAAGACGAGAUGAAUAAAGCUUUCAUUUUCUCA